AUGUCGCGGCGGGUGAGUUCAGCCGAGCUGGCGGCGCACGCCACCAACGAAAGCUGCUGGAUCGUCAUCCACGGCGACGUCUACGACGUCACCGACUUUCACCACCCAGGCGGCAACGACCGCCUCUUCGAGCGCGGAGGCCGAGACGCCUCCGCCGCCUUUGACGCGAUCGGGCACUCCAUGCACGCGACAAAGCACAUGCAGGCCCUGCGUGUCGGCCAGCUU